GUCUCUAAAGGCAGAAAAGUGACCAUCCUACAAACUUUGAAAAAAAGGAAACCGAAACUAAGGUCUUGACUGAAGGCAAACGAGUAACUCGUUUGAUAAAAGAAAAUACACCCUACAUGAAAAGGUGUCCCCUGAUUUCCUACAUAGCAAUUCUACCAGCCACACCUGGGCUUUCUCAGCGGUCGCAGAACUCAUAGACAAUGCUUAUGACCCAGAUGUAAAAUCUUCUGAACUGUGGAUUGACAAGCGUGAUAUCAAUGGGAAAGUCUGUCUGACCUUCACAGACAAUGGAAAUGGAAUGGUGGUGGACAAACUACACAAAAUGCUCAGUUUUGGUUAUUGUGACAAGGUACCAGUUGGAAAUCACCAGCCCAUUGGUCGCUAUGGCAAUGGUUUUAAGUCUGGCAGCAUGCGUCUUGGAAAAGAUGCAAUCGUGUUCAGUCGCUGCAAGGAUAUGAUGAGUGUAGGACUCCUCUCCCAGACCUAUCUGAAGGCUAUCAAGGCAGAGACUGUAAUGGUCCCCAUCAUCUCCUGGGAUCUCCCAAGCAAGACCAGAAAAGUGAGACCAGAGAGCAAGAACAAUUUGUUGGCCAUUUGUUCCCACUCCAUUUUCAAGGACGAGAAAGAGCUACUGAGUGAACUGGAUUUCCUGGAGAACUUUAAAACCGGGACAAGGAUUAUCAUUUACAACCUCACAAAGAACAACAACUCUGAAAACUUGGAGCUGGACUUUGAUAGUGCCCCAUUAGACAUCAGAAACCCGGAAUCUCACCUCAUCGACUACACCACCAUCGACCGCAUCAUUAACGACAAGAGCCCCGAGUACAAAGUCUCCCUCAGAGAAUAUUGCAGUAUUUUGUACUUAAAGCCAAGUAUGAAGAUUUUUCUGAGGGGGAAGAAGGUGAAUACGAAAUUCAUCUCUAGAAGUUUGUCAGAGACAGAGAGGGAUACCUACAAACCAACUUGGCUUAAAAAACCUGUGAAUAUCAAGUUUGGAUUCAUCUCCAGUAAGAACCCUGAGGAUUACGGACUAAUGUUGUACCACAAUAAUCGGCUGAUCCGAGCGUACGAGAAAGUGGGUUAUCAAAAACAGGCCAAUGAGCUGGGUGUUGGAAUAGUAGGUGUAGUAGAGGUGUUCUUUUUGACUCCAACGCACAACAAACAGGACUUUAGCCGAGAUGAAAAGUACAAUGCAUUUAUGUCAAGUGCUGGUAAAAAGCUGAAUGAGUACUGGGAUGUGAAGAGAGGAAAACAAUGUGGUACUGCAAAACACCAAGAUGUGGCCCCUGACUGGCUGUGGGUCCAUUGUGAUGAAUGUCUUAAGUGGAGGAGGCUUCCGGCGGGCUCUAGUAAAGUGGACCUUCCAGAGAACUGGUACUGUUACAUGAACCCAGAUGCCUCAUUCAAUCGCUGUGAAAUUCCCGAGGAACCUGAGGAUGAAGUUGAAGCAUUGAAGGGGCCCAACUAUAAAAAGCGUUUCAAAAAGCAACAGUUAGAGCAAAAUCUGAAAAUGAAAUGCCAUGAAGAGCAGCAAAUUAAAGAAAAGGAGGUGAAAAAGAGGAAGAAGUCCAAGUCCAUCAAUUCUGUCAUUGAGAAGAGGAGGAAAAUGGAAAGGGGGCCUCUCAAACAAGAGGAAAUGCACUAUACAGCUAGUACGUUGGACCUGGGCAAAAGAUUGAAUUUUUCCAAUUCACAACAGAGUGAUCCAGGACUAAGUACACCCAAACUGGAAAUACUUGGAGAAGCCAGGUUAGAUUCUGCUGGUCAAGAUGUGCUUUCAUCAGAGCAUGAGAACACAAGCAGUGGUGAUGAUAUGUCUGAUGAUGAUACAUCUGAUGAUAUGUAUGAUGAGGGCAAAACGCAUUCAGAAGAAAUAAAACCAUUGAAGGGUACCAGUAAGCAUGGGAGCUGGUCUACCAAUAAGCCUACCAUUCCAUCACAUGGCAAGACACAACCACACUCUUCGGGUAGACUGGGAAAGACACAGAAAGAUAAAAAGAAGUGUGUUUCAUUCUUAAAAGGGAAAACCAAGAAAUAUCCAUACACCAUGACAGAAGAGAUGAUCAAGUUUGGAAAAAAAGUGGAAGAAUUGAGAGAAAUUGGGGAGGUUGAUAUCCGAAUUGAUUCGCUGGUUAAUUCUCUGAAUAUCGAAACGAAAUCUUGCAAGUUCUGGAGAAGGGAAAACAUAAAAAAGGAUUAUGGAGAAUUGAUUUGUAACCUUGAUUAUUUAGACUGUGCUGGUCUUGAUGUUGGCAUCACUAUGAAGCCAUUCAAUCAGUAUAUUGAACCAUUCGAUGGGCGCAGAGUCAAUGACUUUCAAGAAUGGAUGAAAGACUGCACAAAAGUCCUCAAUAAAACACGAUCUACACAAUUGGGCAGUGUUUCUUCCAUUUUGUUUGCCAUCUAUGCAAAAGAGGCUAUUUUGGAAUUCAAGCCAACGGAACUUCCAGGAAUUAUUGAUUACAGUAUUCGCUGUGCAAUAGAAAGUAAUUAUUAUCUACUGGCUUUUGCGAUUGUGAGGACAUACAUAUUCGAUCAUGUUAUUCAGUUGCAAAGAAUUUUUGAAGGUACCAAAGGAAUAAGUCCUCUCAUUAUUGACAUAAUCAUACAAACAUCGAGAAAUAUGAUUUUGAGAAAAUUUCCAAACCUUCAAAAUAAAGCCAUUGUUCUGUCUUUCUGUUGGGAGUGCGGGCAGGGAAUUCUAACCCGGAUGGUGAUGAUCAUGUCAUACAAAGGAAGUAUAGAAAUAACCGAUAAAAUUCCAGAUGAAGUCAUGGGAUUCAAACUUGUCCUUUAUAAUCUCGCACAUCUGUCGGAUGAAGCAGCUCAAGUUUUCAAAUCAAUUCCAGUUUCAAAGAAAACUCCAUUGCCAACAGUCACAGAAAGUGAAGCAAGAGAACUAUUUAGGAAACACUCCAAUCUCACAAUGAUAUCAGCCUCACCAUAUAAAUCAGUGGGAUAUUCCAAGGGGAAGCACAGAGUUGUCGAGAAACUGUGUAUCAGUCUGUUUUGUCUACAUAAAGGCUAUAUUCCCUAUGGAGAAGAACAAUUUCCAAAGAAAAUCAGAGACGUGGAAGUAGAUGUUCAGGAGGGAUACUGCUACUUCGGUGCUGGAAGAUCACUAGAAUUAGGAGGACACAUCAAGCGUUUGAUGAAUGGGAGUAUCGGGGGAUUUGUAGAUCUCCCCAAUAGUAAAGUUGGGUUGAUAACAUGUGCUCAUGUUGUAUUUUCAUCUGAACAAUUGAUGAUGUUGAGGAAUGGGCAGCGUCCAAGUACUGAUAUUGAAGUCGAGGCAUUUGAUAAGGGAAGCCAUUCCUAUAAAGUGUGCGGUAAAUGUAUACAUGCAGACUUCCCGCAUGUAUACAAGAUUGGAAACCCCCAUCUUUUCACGUCAGCUUCUAAAGAUCCUAACGUUGAUGUUGCUUUAAUUGAAGUUCAUGAAGAUAUCAACACAUUUGAGUUUCGGACUGUGCCCUCAGAACAGUUGCAAUCUGCAGGUUUCGACCCGACUAAUCCUCCAGUAUUUUCUGGAGAGGUUGCAUCUCUGCCUGAUCCGGAUCCCGUGCACAAAGUCAGUGGACAAAUUCCAAACAAAUUAGACAGUGUAGUAAAAUAUGGCGCUGUAACUGGAUUUACCAUUGGUAAUCUUUAUCAUAGUCAUGCACAUGUACGAUUUGUUCAAGAAAGUCUUAAGCUACCAGGGGAUUUACACUGCGCUGUUAUGUGCGAUCAAAUUGAAAUCCAGAAUCUGCCUCACGGACAGUUUUUUGUGUGUGGUGACUCUGGUUCGUUUGUCUUUUGUAUCAAUCCUGAUAAAACACUCAGCUGUCUGGGGAUGGCAGUUGGAGUAUCCACACGAGAAUCCUGUUUAGUGACUCCUAUUGACAGAAUCUUAGACAAUCUACGCAGUGUGUGUCCUAGUCCUCGUUUAAAACCUUGUAGUUCUUUAAUUCAACAAACCAGGACCAAUGCACCACCUCAAGCAACCUUAGAUAGGAUUUUAGCAGCCAUAGGAAACUUUCAGACUUCCUUGCAGAAUGUUGAAACAAAUUUCCAAACUUCAUUACAGAAUGUUGAAAGGAAUGUUGAGAGUGUCCAAGCUUCGUUACAAAAUGUUGAGAGGAAUGUUGCAAAUUUCCAAGCCUCAUUACAGAAUGUACAAACAGAAGUUCAAACUUUACAAAGUCAUGUUAAACAAACCGAAGAUUCCAAAACUCAGUCAUUGUCCAACCAAUCCAGUGCCAAUCAAAAUUAAGAUGAUGUGGAAGCGUGUCGGAUUGGAAUAUCUGAAUUAUAUUUCUAUAAAAUAAUUUUUUGAUAUGUCAAGAUGUUGAAUGUUAUAUUAUGUUUUAAACAUAUGGACAUUACAUAUCACUGGUGUUGUAUCAAUGUGUAUACUUGUGUUUUCAGUGCUUUCAAGGCCUUUGUUUUUAGAUCACCUGGUAAUCUCCAAUAUUAAAGAUUUUUGAGAAACUAUG